AUGUCAGAACAGCCACCCCAGAUCCUUCGUAUCAAAAGAAAGAGGCAUCAAGACCCACUUCAAGCUUUGAUUCUUGAAGACAAGAGAUUGGCAAAAAGAUCCAAACCUUCUACACCAGUGGGUUCACCAACAUCAUCUCCUAAAAUAGCACCUAGAAAGAGCCAGGAACAUUUGAACUAUGUUUUCAAAUUAACGAGAACUGACGAUACUGUUAACAUUCAAGAUGAGUCAAUUGUCAAUUCUAUCCUUGCAGAAUCGGAAAGUGUAAACACAGAAGUUGAUGCUAGAAAUUUCGUUAUUCCCAAGCACCAGAUUGAAGAAGAUGUUGUUAUACCUAAUGAACUCUCAGAUAUGGUCAAUUCUGUGUUGACAUUUGACAAACCAACUACACAAAGGAAAAAGCGAGGACACAAAGGUGUUCAAGAAGAACCAGCGGAAGUACAUCCUGAGGCGCAAGAACCAGAACAUGAUGCAGAAGCUGAUGACUCACAAUAUGUUUACGAUGUCUAUCAAUUGAGCAUGGCUGAACCGCUAACUUCGGCAAACCACCCUCAAUCUCUCAUUGGAUACAUUAGAUUCUUUGAUGAUGACGAAAAUGAUGAAAAUAUCUUGAUGAAUGAUGAAGAUAACGAUUCAGUCAAACCUGAUCUAACCGAUGAUGAAGAUUCUAAUACGGAGUCUUUUUAUCAGAAUGAUUACCCAAGUGAUGAAGAUGCUGGUGCAUUCAGUGACGUGUAUGAUGAAAACGAAGACGAAGGAUAUGUGCCUCAAGAAGGAGUGGGUCUUAGAGACGAUGAAUAUUUUGAUUAUGAUGAAGUGGAUUUCCAUAACGUUAUAGAUGACGGAGAUGAUGAAGAGGAUGACGACGAAGAUACAUCUGGCUUCAAAAGAAAUACAUUCUUUAAAGGCGAUCAAGAUGACCCAAUGGCCAUAUAUAGAGACAAGAUCUUUGGGAAACUUGAACGAAUGAUUGAUGAGUGA